AUGACCGCCGCCGGCGACGACGACAGCGCCAGCGGCCCUAUCGCCAACAUCACCGCCAUCGCCAACGUCAGCGUCAUCGUCGUCGACAACGUCAGUUAUGUCGACUUCACGCAGAUCGAGCCGGUGCACAUGACCUUCGUUCUUCUCUACUUGUUUGUGAUGUUUCUCGCACUAGCCGGUAACACGAUGGUCGUUUUCACCGUUUGUUGUAACAAGAAGAUGCACACGGUCGUUAACUACUACAUCGUUAACCUUGCCAUUAGCGAUCUCAUGGUCGCCGGCUUCGUGCUGCCGCUAAAACUCCUGGAGCUGGGCGCGUCGCCAGGCUGGAGCGUCCUUAACAACGGCCUGUGCACCUUCCUGCUCUACUCUCAGCCGAUCUUCGUCUUCGCUAGCGUACUGACGCUGAUGGCGACGUGCAUCGAAAGGUAA